GAGAGAGAGAGAGAGAAAGAGGACAAGGUGUACAGAGACUCACACCACCACCAUUAGACACCUGUCAGUGCAGGUGGAGAGAGUAACUGCUGGAUAUCGGAGCCUGGAGGGUUCCUCUUUAACUCUUUGAACAGACUAUAUGGACUUUGUACAUUUGUGGUUUAUUUAAUGUUGGUGUUUUGGACAUAACUUAACUUUAAACUGAAGGUUCAGUCUUGCUAUUGCUCAUCAGUGGGUGUAGUCAUGGGUUACUGAAACCCAACAUUCACGUAUUCUAGUUUAAUCUGUUGGAGGAGGCAAGUUUUCAUCACAGACGUUUAUCCUGCGUCCGAAUCCCAUCCUCAAGGAGUUUGUUGUUGGUGCUGCUGUUUCUGAGACACCUCCAGCUGAGCUGCGUGAUCAUGGCAGACUUCCCGUCCAAGGUUACCACGGAAACCAGCUCCCCCAACUCCCAGAGCUCUCAGCAGGGGGGCAACAGCCUCCGAGGGCUGUCCGCCAACGUCACCAAUAUGCUGGACAUGUCCUUUAUCCGAAGCAUCCCGGCCGUCCUCAUGAUGGCUGAAAUAUUUAUGGGGCUGCUCCAGUGGGCGUUGAUAGCCAGCGCCCCCUACACAUUGUUGCCAGCGUAUGGCUUUGUGAUGUUUGUUGCUGUCACCCUCUGGAUCCUCACCACCAUCCUCUUCUUCAUGAUCCUGUGCGGCGCCCAACAAAAACUCUCCUCCGUCCCCUGGCCCCUGACGGUGAUGGCGUAUCACGCCACAGCCACGGUCCUCUAUCUGACCGCCUUCCUGGCCAACGCAGCGUCCGUGUACCCCUUCCUGCGCUUUCCCUAUUUCUACGGAGUUUUGGCAGCUGCCGCUUUCUUUGGUGCAGUGGUGACCAUCGCGUACGCUGCAAGUGCUUUCUUCUCCUAUCUGGACUGGAAGGGAGACGGAGGGAACGCUGCCACCGACACAGUGCCGGCCUAGGACUCAAACCUGGGAUGCCGAUCUCCUCUUGCUAGUUAUUUGGAUAGUCUACACUUAAUACAUGUCACUGCUGACUCUGGUGACACAAAUCCUGACCUCUUCUCAACCCCAGUAUUAACAAUAGGGUGAAAUUCUAAAUAUCUUAAAUGAUAUUUUUUUGUCUUAUUAGUACAACACAAUAUUUCUUUCUGUGCUGGUCUCCUGCACUGAGGCCUCAAAUUCAGGCGUUCCUGAAAUAAUACAUUUAUUGAUUCUAUUGUAAAUACGCAAAUAAAGCAGACAGUGCCUUAAAUUAUUGGUUAUCGCACCGCCUAGUGGCAUCAUAUUACUAACACCUCUGGGUUGCAUUUAGAAUGCACAAAACAUGCCUCACUUAAAGCAAUAAUUUGACAUUUCGGGAAAUUUGAACUCUCACCGUCUGAGACAGAUUGAUACUACUCGCAGGUCUGAAUGAUAAAUAUUAGCUGAGGCUAGCAUGAAGACUGGACACAAGGGGAAACAGCAAGCUUGUUAGCGAGUCAACUAUGAAGGACAUUACAAUGCAAAACAUCAGAAUCAUAUAUUUAAUGCUGUUUUUUUGUUCAUAUAUGAGUAUAACAUACUUUGUCAUUCAAACAAAUAUAAGAACAUUGUAAAAUGUGUGUUAUAUAAUGGGACCCAUUUUGAUGACCUCAACAUAUCAAUGUCCUGUCGUCCCUGUGAAUGUCGGCUUUGAGAGGAAGAGAUUAAACAACCUGGUUACAAUAAAUUACUCAAAAUUUGACAGCCUGACCAAACUUUGAUCGUAAACUUGGUACUAUGAUGUGACAUGUAUCACAGAGAAACAUGCAGAUCCAUAACAUUUUAAGUUGUUUGUUUAGUAUAUCUUGUUUACAGAGAGCGGUUGUUGUGGCAUUGGUAACGCUGGUUGAGUAUCACGGGAGGACCACGUCAUAACAUGCUCGACUCCUGCUUGUGCAUUCUGUGACGCUCAUAUUAGGAAGUUGCUCUAAUACCAUAACAUGGCCGUGCAGAAGGUGUGAAGAAUCUCUGUCCUGCAGAAAUCCAAUUUUCCCUCCCGGAUGCACAGGCUCACAUUGAAACUUAAGUUCUCCAUAGACCAAGCCAAAGCACUAAUAACGUUUUAAAUAUAUACUCUCCUAAUCUCACGCAUUAUGAAAAUGCAGGACAAUGUUUCAAAUGUUGUACCCAUCGAGCUGUGGGAAAAGGUGCAUUACAUAUUUCCUUUGAUUUAUAUGAUAAAGUGCUCAACUCCUUUUGUAUGUGCCUUUAUGACAUAAUGUUUCUUUUUGUACCAAGAAUUUGAAUACUUGUGAAAUCCUGUGGUGAGUGCCGGAGCUCAAGUCUGCAUUGUUCAAAUAAAGCAGUCGGUGAUGUCAAUGUAA